GGCUUGUGUACAGUCGAGUUCCAAAGUUCAAAGAGUAGGAGGCCAAAGAAGAGGACAAUACCCAAAACACAGAGAGCGGAUAAGGGGAAAACAAUGGCGGCUGCGGCUUCAAGAACCGUCUUCCAUGGCUGCCAUUGCUUCUUCCACAACCAAAGACUCCUCCUUUCUCUCUCCUCUCCCUCCUUCCUCACAAACCUACCCACUCUCCUACUCCCCCACACUCGCCGCCUUCGUCCCUUUUCAUCGUCGUCAUCAUCUUCUUCUUCUUCUUCCGUUAACGAAACCCUACCCAUCCACGAACCGGGAAAAGAAUCCCUUCUCCGACGCCGUAUCAACGUGGUCGAAAUCCUCGAGCAAAGGGGCUUACUCGAAUCCCUAACCAGCGACAACCUCAAGUCCGCUUGCUCCGAUCCGAACCUCCCUCCCCUUAGGGUUUACUGCGGCUUCGACCCGACCGCGGAGAGCUUGCACCUGGGGAACCUUCUUGGUAUUGUUGUGCUUUCGUGGUUCCUCCGGUGCGGUCACAAGGCCGUUGCUUUGGUGGGCGGCGCCACCGGCCGGGUCGGUGAUCCGUCCGGAAAGAGCCUGGAGAGGCCCGAGCUUGAUGCUUUAACCCUAGAGAAGAAUGCCGCCGGCAUUGCCUAUACCGUUCGCCGGAUUCUCGGUCAAAAUGCCACUGAAGAAGGUUCUUUCGUGGUCCUCGACAAUUAUGAUUGGUGGAAGGACUUUAGGUUAUUGGAUUUCCUCAAGCAAGUGGGGAGAUAUGCGAGGGUGGGGACGAUGCUGUCGAAGGAGAGCGUAAGGCGGAGGGUGGAGUCGGAGCAAGGGAUGAGUUUCACUGAGUUUACCUACCAGCUUCUUCAGGGCUAUGACUUCGUGUACCUGUUCGAAAAGGAAGGCGUUAACGUCCAGAUUGGCGGCAGUGAUCAGUGGGGUAAUAUAACAGCCGGCACUGACCUAAUUCGCAAGAUUUUGCAAGCUGAUGGAGCCUACGGGCUCACUUUCCCCCUGUUGUUGAAGAGUGAUGGGACCAAGUUUGGAAAAUCAGAAGAGGGUGCUAUCUGGCUCUCCCCCUCAUUGCUGUCUCCCUACAAGUUCUAUCAGCAUUUCUUUUCCGUUCCGGAUGCGGAUGUAAGCAGAUUCCUAAAGACUUUGACGUUCUUGAGCUUGGAGGAGAUAGCGGAACUGGAGAGGGAAAUGAAGAGACCGGAUUAUGUGCCUAAUACGGCGCAAAAGAGGCUGGCAGAGGAAGUUACUCUAUUCGUCCAUGGGGAAGAAGGUUUGCAGGAGGCACUCAAGGCUACUGAGGCCCUGAGGCCUGGAGCUGAGACUAGAUUAGACUGGGAGACCAUUGAGAGGCUUGCAGGGGAUGUACCGUCCUGCUCUAUGCCUUACCACGAAGUCUUGGACCUUUCUCUUGUUGAUCUUUCGGUUUCGACUGGUCUUCUCGACACCAAAUCGGCUGCCCGUCGCCUGUUGAAGCAAGGGGGGUUAUAUCUUAAUAACAGCAGAGUCGAUAGCGAGGGCAAGAAGGUUGAAGCUGAGGACAUUGUAGACGGGAAAAUUCUCCUGUUAUCAGCUGGAAAGAAGAACAAAUUGGUUGUAAGAAUAAGUUGAUAGCUCUAAAUUACUGUCUGAUUGCUGUUUCUUUUUAGGUAAUAUUAUUUAGUGAAAGUACUUGUGUCCUACAGAAAUUCUUUGUUUUAUUUUCAUUUUCUCGUGAAGAAGAGCCAUUUAUGAGUAAUUUGCGGAAUGCUAAUAGCCCAUUUAGCUGGUCUGUUGGAAA